AUCUUCGAGGAGGUGAACCAAUCCUGAUCGAAUCCCGACUCCGACUGCUGGGUGGAACAAUGGCGGCGCAGUAGGAGCUAGCCAACACCAGCCCGUCGUGCUCCACCGCCCUCAACCACGGAUUUGUUUCCUCCCGCGUCCGGUGCCACCGUUAUUCCCGCUUCCCUCGAGGGCCAUGGAUAGUAGGGAAGAUCGACACUCCUUGGUUGCUGAGGAGAAGGACAAGCAGCCUGCUCCCUUCAGUGACGCUCCGUCUCCGGUGCGCGCCGUGCGAAAUCGUCCGUGGCCGUCCCCUAUCGUGAUCCCGCCGGAGGCUAAUCCGUCCGGCAAGUACCGCAUUCUCGUUGCCACCGCCGACGACAUUGGGGACCCGAUCUCGCCGGAGGAGAUAGCCGCGCUGGAGGACAAGGAGGGCGACGACGCAGGCACACGGUUCUACAAGGCAGCCGCUCGGGCCGACGUCGUUAUGAGGAAUUGAUGAGAACUCCAAGUACAUGAUCGACAACUCCGCCCAGGUUGAGGAAAUAAGUUGCAAGCAUGUUACAGCAGAAGAAAUGGAAGCAAAGAUAAUCAGGCAAGAGAUCACUAGGGAGCAAACAUAUUUAUCAGAACUGGCUUUAGCGAGUUUCAAUAAGAGGAAAAAGGUGAAGUUUGAGUUGUGUGGUACAUUGCUUUCUAGGCUCUUUUACGAGAGCAGCCAUAUUUUUACACACCUAAAUUUCGUCGCCAAGCGCAAGGAUAAGAAGAAACUCUUUUUCGCCGAGAUAGAGGACUGUGGACGGGGUCGUGAAGAGAUCUUGAAAGUACGCUGUUGCGUUCCCCUGGAUUCAUUAUGUGAAGGUGGUUAUUAUUACUACUGUGAUGAUCCUAGACGUGGCUGUAGGAAAGGGUUUGACUUCACACGUUGCUACGGCUGCAGCGAGUUCCUGAAACAUCCGGUUGAUGGCUCCACGUACUCAGGAGGCCAUGACCAUCGGAGGAGGAACUAUAUAGUUUAGAACAUUGUUUCAUUUAUCAGCGGUGGAGCCUCACGGUCAUGGAGGUCCAUACCGGACCUUGCAGCAACGGGGUGACAGUGA